AUGAACCUAUUUGAUGAAGGAGAGAAAAAUUCGAAAAAUAGUUUAAUUACAUGGAACAAUAAUAAAAGAAUAGUGAUUUUUGCGAAAGAUAAAAAGAAAUCGCAAAGUAAAAGAUAUAGAAGAAUAGGAUAUCAUAUGAUAAUAUCUAAUGAAGAAGAUGAUGAUUCGCCAUAUUUAGUAAUUGUGAAGGAAAAUGAAGAAAGUAGAAUUAUUAAAAAAAGAAAUGAAGAAAGAGGAAUAAAACCAUAUGAAUCGAUGAGAAACAUAAAAAUGAAAAAUGAAAUUCUAAUAGAUGAUGAGAGAGAUCAGAAUUAUAAUAAAAGAAUUGAAAUGAUAAAUGAAAUGAUAAAGGCGGAUCAAGAUAGAGAUUUUAAUGAGAUUAGAUUUAGUGCAAAGUUUGAAACUACGAAAGAGGAUGAAUUUAAAGUUCUUAUAAGAAGUUUAAUAAUAGGUAAUAGGAAAAGAAUAGAUGAAGAAUAUUAUUUAGAAAUGUUGAUGAUUGAAAAAUUUUUACAAGAGGAGAAGAUGAAAUUAGAUAUUUUUGAACAUCCAGAAUUAAAAAAUGAAUUUAUAGAAGAAAAAAUGGAAAAACUUUUAUUAACAUUAAAGAAAGAAAACAAAUCUUUUAGUGGUGUAAUAAUUAAAGUGUACAAAAUAUUUUUGUUUCGAUUAUCAUUCGAAAUAAAAAUUAUGAAGGAACUAAUAAUUGUUAUAGUCUGGAACGGAUAA